GUAUAUGGCGAGAAUUAUGCUCCUUAUGGCCAAUGCGGCUGCAACUCCAGCACGCUUGCUGCAAUGCUAAAGAUGCAUCCAGACCUUCAGGGCCGGCCAGGUCCUCCCGGAUUGGUUGGUGCCGAUGGGAGAUCUGGACCUCCGGGUAUCCCUGGUCAACCAGGAAUGCCAGGAGAAAGAGGUCCAGUUGGACCUAGAGGUGAAAAAGGCGAAAGAGGUGACCUAGGCCCGCGAGGUCCCGAGGGCCAAACUGGUCCGAAAGGGGAACCUGGUAUAGACGGAAGACCUGGAAAUACAGGACCACCCGGGCCACCAGGACCACCUGGAAAUUCUGACUAUAGCAAUUUCGAUGAAAGUGUAAUGGGGUCAUACGGUGGAGCAAUUGGCAGACCAGGGGCCCCAGGACCAAAAGGAGAUGCUGGACAGCAAGGUCCGGUGGGACCUCAGGGAGAACGAGGUUUCCCAGGACCGAAAGGAGAAAGGGGUCAAUCUGGAAGUAAUGGUCCGAAAGGAGACAGGGGGCAUCCCGGACCGCAAGGAGAACGAGGAUUAAAAGGAGACCGAGGUAGUCCGGGGCUCGAUGGUAGGCCUGGUAUUCCAGGUGCCAACGGACGACCAGCUGACAAAGGAGAGAAGGGUGAACGCGGAGAACCAGGGCCUCCCGGUCCUCCGGCUAUAGCGGGUGGGAUAUUGAGUUCUGAUGAUCCUGAAUUCUUGACAACGGGUCAAUACCAAGGAGGUAAAGGAGAAAAAGGAGAGAAGGGAGAAAAAGGAAGUCGAGGUCUGGACAGCACCCCUGGUAUUCCGGGUAAAGAUGGAAAACCUGGAGAACGUGGCGACAUAGGUCCGUCUGGAAUGCCCGGUGUUACGGGAUUACCCGGACCACCGGGAUUAAAAGGCGAACGAGGAGAAAGAGGUCCUCCUGGACCUAUUAGUAUCACUGGUGCUACUGGUUCUGAUAUUAUAACUAUUAAGGGUGAUAAAGGAGACACAGGACCGCGAGGACGCAGAGGACGACCAGGCUCUAAUGGGCUGCGAGGGUUUCAAGGAAUACAGGGUCCACCUGGUCCCCCUGGCAGACCUGGUGAUAAAGGUGACAGUGGACUCCCUGGCUGGAUGGGACGACCAGGAUCUUUGGGUCCACCUGGAAAUUCAGGUCCAAGUGGUCUUAAAGGCGAGAAAGGUGAACCUGGAAUCAGCCUACUUGACGCAUCUAUGCUUAAAGGAGAACGAGGAUUAGAUGGUGCUCCUGGUUUACCAGGAUUACAAGGACCUCCAGGACCUCCAGGACCUCCAGGUCCCGUUAGUUCCAGAUCAGAUACUGUUCAAUUCAUCCCUGGACCACCUGGACCACCCGGACCUCCUGGUCUCCCUGGAGUAUCGAUUCAGGGACUGAAAGGAGAACCUGGCACGAGCUACUUUGAAGAAGAACCACGCCAAACGCACGGAUUUGGCAAAUUCCGACCACUUCCGUCUCCACCAAGACCACACCCACCAAAUGAUGAUUCGAAACCAGGAAAUGGGAUUUUAGGAGCGUCAAUUUUCCAAACUACUGAAGACGUAAUGAAGCAAACUGCUGGGAGUCCAGUAGGCUCCUUAGCUUAUGUCAUCGAAGAACAAGCUCUGCUGGUCAAAGUUAAUUCUGGAUGGCAAUAUGUCUUACUUGGCUCUCUAGUCACGCAAUCAAAACCAUUGACUACUCAAGCUCCACCUUUACCAAUGCCAGCAGCGAGUCUUGUACAAGAACUGGAGCAUCCGAUUUCUUCUUAUAAAUCUAAUUCUAUUGAAAGCGUUGCGGAUUCUGCUGGACCUAGCCUACGGCUAGCAGCCCUGAACGAUCCACUACCAGGCAACAUGGCCGGCGUUCGACGAGCUGACUUCGCCUGCUACAGACAAGCGAAAAAGGCAGGAUUUAAAGGCACCUUCAGGGCUUUGCUUACUAGCCGAAUCCAAAACCUAGAUUCAACAGUAAGAUAUACGGACCGACGCCUACCGGUAACGAACACUGAAGGAGAAGUCUUGUUCAAAUCGUUCUCUGACAUAUUCGACGGUAAUGGCGGCAUGAUGAUCGGAACACCAAGAAUUUACAGCUUUAAUAGAAGAAACAUCAUGACCGACCCACAUUGGCCUCAAAAGAUAAUAUGGCAUGGAUCUCAUGCUGGCGGCGAACGAGCUUUAGACACGUUCUGCGACGAAUGGCAAAGCAGUGAACCUAUUUUCCGAGGCAUGGCCAGCUCUCUGUUGUCCAGAAAGCUGCUGAGUCAAGAGAGAUAUCCUUGUAACAAUCACUUUAUUGUACUGUGCAUAGAAGCAACAUCCUCUGCUUCUGUGAGAAGAAAAAGGGAUACCGUAAGAAUAAACUCAACGGGUACGUUAGACGACGAAGACUAUCUUUACAAUGCGGAAGAAUACCAACAGCUUCUCAAUGAGAUAUUUGCUCAACCUUUUAGACAAAAUUAAAAUGUCAAGUUCUUCAAAGAAGGUAGCUUUUACUCUGUGCUUUUGCAAUAUUGAAACCGAGUGAAAAUACUUAUUCCCAUAGAAAUUAAGCUUUUAUUAGUGAUGUUCUAUCGCACACUUCUAAGGCUGCGUUUCCCCGCGCACUUCUAAAGGUGCGUUCCCACGGCCCGUGACGUCUUACGCAUCGAUUUGUAGUGAUGCGUAGUGACCCGCGUAACGGCAAGUAUUCGAGUAAGUAUUGAGUGGUAGGCCGACCAGCGGUGGAUCCGAACAGGGCCUUCCCACGAAACGGACCACGGGCCGUGAGAAGCCGCCUUAAUAAUUGGGUAUUUCUAAUUAAGGAUUUAUAUUCUGUAAUAGACAAGCCAUUCUUGGUUUGCAUAAGUAUGCAUUUAUAUAUUGAUUUUAACCAGUAUUGACAUAAUGGCAUCAAUGUUUUUGGUGUUACUAGAGGAAGUUAGAAAUUUCUUAAAAAUCUCAAUAAGUGAAAAUUGAACUUUAUAGCCUUUUAUGAGUGAUACAAUUGUAGUCAUAAUUUCCGUAGGUGAGAGGUAAAUGGAACUUAGGGGUUUUUAGAAACCAUGCUUUGGCGCGUUUACGCACAGCAUUCGAGACGGCACUUCGGAUGUCGCUUGUGCACUAAGUCCGAUUCGAAUACGAGAAAAAACGAAUAUGCAUUCGCAUUUUCUACACUCCUAGAGAUAAAAUGAUCGAUGUGACAUUUCAGACCAUCAUUUCUUGGAUUCGGAAGUGAUACGAAUCGGUCGUAAUGCGCAAACGCUCUUACUCUGCUAAAUCACACCGUAAUAAAAAACAUUAAUGUCCACUUGCAAUAAAUGUAAGUGCAUCCUAAACCAAUGUUUGUUAAAGACACUCACAUUGUAUUAAGAGUGUCUUAUUCAAUUUAAGCAUUACUGAAGUAGUAUAAGUGGACAUGACUCCUAUCGUAGUUCGUAAUUUAUUUAACGUAUUUUAUUUGUCCUUAAGAUUGAUUUUAAAUGCCUAACUAAGAGCCCAUUCACUUUAAAACGCUCUGUAGUAAUUCUUAUAAUAAAUUUUUAAAAUUCUUACACCCUAGAGCUGUUACACACGCGCAACUGUAAGUAGCGAUGCAAACGCGAUUCAAGCGCACGGUUACAUCGAUACAAACGCGCA